AUGGACAAGCCACGGCUCAAACUGAAAGCACGCCAACCUGUCGACGAGGAAAUUGAAAACUGGGACGAUGACGAUCUCGUCGUCGACGGUGACGAGUUGUCGUUUCGAAGCUCCUUAACCGCCACCACUGCCACCAGCACCCACGGCCCCUCUCGCCGCCGUGACUCCAGCUCCUCACAUGUCUCCCUACGCUCCGAUCUCGAAUCGUGGAAUGGGGAAGAAAAGCAGCUCCAUCUCCCCGCAGACGAUGAGUCGUCCAAUGUUGACGCCAUUGCUGCCGCAGAGCAUGCUGGCGUCCCAAUACCCAAAAACGUGCCAUGCUCGGCACUCAUGGGAGGCACCAUCAAGCGCCUGGGAGGAAGAAAACUCAAGAAAAUCAUACAAGAAGACUGGGAAAAUGACCUGGAACUGCCCGACGCCUCCCAAGGCUUGACGCUCAAGUCAAACAAGGACGCCGAGUUUCCCGACACUCUGCGCCAGGUCAGCGGCGGAUCUGCGCAGACCAGCCCGACAAAGCAAAGGACCGCGACUCAGCACCCCGCCACCAACACCCAAGCCGAGCGCAGAACCUCUACCCAGUCCUCCACCAGCACCCUCUCAUCGGCUCUCAACCUGGACAAGUUCAAAGACAUCGACGACGACGACGACGACGACAUCUUUGGUGGCGAUACCAUCAAAGUCUCCAGGAUCAGGACGACACCGCAACCCGUGUCCUUUAUCACGCCUCCGACCCCUCGCAGGGUAGAGAAGCCUAAGGAGGCCGACGACGAUUUUGAAAAAGAUUUUGAGCUGCCAUCGGAUGGAAAAUUGAGCCUGUCGACUAGGAAGGCCAUCCCAAAGACACCAUCAUCGCAACCCGAAGAGCUCGAUUGGGGAGAGAGCAGUCUUGGCACCAGGUAUGGCGGGACUCGUCGGGAUGGGCGAUCCAACAGAAGCUCCUCGGUUUCCGCGCUGAGCCCCAGCGUCUCGAGCUCAAUCACUGCAGAGAGUGAGGACGAGACCGUGGAGGGUCUGAUUCUCCCAGCCGGCCCUGUCAACUUUCAAGAGAGGCUUCAGCAGCGGAAAAAGUGCACAUCACCAGAACGCAUACCCGAGGAGCCCGAGCUGUCUCCCAAGGGGCGCACGGCUACCGAAGCAGACCGCCAGGAUUUUUUUGAAGGCCUCGAUAUUGGUGACGGCAAAGUCUUUGACUCGGGCAAGCUCACGCUGCACCGAAACAUCAAGGUCAAAGAAACUCGACCGACCAGCCCCGCUCGACCCAAGACGGCCAUUUCUUUGACCUUUACAAACAAGCUCCCCGCGCAGGCUCGGCUCCCGCGACUUAGCCAUGAGAGGGCGCAUUCGACAUCCCUGGAGCCCGUCUACGAAAGUGGCGGCUCGUCCUUACCCCAGAGAAGCCGACGGUCUCAGUCUCGCCUCGGUCACUCUUCCCAAUCGUCCGUAACAAGCCUGCCGACUCCCACGACAACAUCUCCCGGUCGGUCAUUGCCUCCGUCGACUCCACAGCGGCGGGAAGUCGGCCCAAGAUCGUCCUUUUCCUCAUUGCGGAACGAAGCCCCCACGACCAGCGCGCAACUACUCAAGCAGAAGCGCUCGCUCCCGGCAGUACGACAAUUGAAUACCCCGGGAAAGCCACUGUCCAGCCGGUCCGAGCGGCCACCAUCGAGGACCGACUCCAAUCGUCCUCAGUCGAGCCUUCGACCCAAAACGCCCGUGGAGCGCCAGCGGGCAAGCUUCGCGGAGAGCAUUGUUUCUCAGGCAAGGAAGCAUCUACCAUUCCUGCCUGCUGGGGCGUCACAGACGCAAUCUCAGCACGUGAGCUCCAAGACGUUGCGCCAGUUUCGUCGACAUGAUUCGGAUAAUGCCAUUGACAUCAGGCCCUUCUCUCGUUCGCUGUCGAGGUCUGCGGCGAGGUCUCCGAGCCCUCAUCGGUAUAAGUGGGCUGCCGAUACCUGGGAGCGGCUUAGCAAGCCCAAGAACAAGAAACAGUUUGGGGAUGGCCAUGAACUCGAUGGAUUCGACGAUCUGCCGACGUCUCGAGAGACGGAGACCAAGUUCCUGAAGCAACCCGUGGCCACUGGAUCUAAGAGUACGCUACGAAGCAAGCUUUAUCAGCAUAUCCUCCCAGACAGGAUGACUACCCCGGCGCCGUCGGGCCCUUUAUCACCCGUCAAGGUGGCCCAGACACCUCGCUUUGCGCGCGACACGGCGGCGAGUCGAAUUGCCCGCGAGACGGCCCUGGCGCAACGUGCCCCUAGCGGCGGCAACCACGCGCCCGUGGCUCCUCAGCGAGAGACACCCCUUGCGACCCGGAACAGCCAUGGCCUACAGCCUCACUUGCCUCACCCGAUGGUUCGCUCCAAGAAACAUUCGAAACGCCCUCAACAGCUCAAGCCGCACCUCAUCUCCAACCUCAAUUCCGGCAAGGAAUCAAAGGUCGUCAAUGGGAUGUUCUACAACGCCGAUACGUAUCGGUGGGAGGGCAACGAGAAUGUGCUGAACGCGGAUAAGGAGGCAUCCACGCCGCGUCCUGCCCUCAUCACCAACAUCAGCGCGACAAAGGGCGUUCAGGUGGUCGGGGGCAUGGUAUUCGAUCCUCAGAACAUGUGCUGGCUCAAGAUGGGCCUGCCGAACCACGCCAAGUCGGAGACCAGCGACACCAUGGACGGUUUUAACGCUCUCGACGACGAAGAGGAUGUGUUCAAGGACAUUCCGGACCUCGAAGACAACGCCGUGGAAGAACGAGACGGCCGCGGCAGCGACAUCAAGGACGACUGGCUCGUGGGUGAGGAGUUUGACGUUGGACCCGAGUUCAUUAGGCGACAGCGCGAGGAGGAAGACAGGUGGCGCAAGAAGUGCGAGAAGUGGAUUGGCCAGGGGUCGCGGGAUCGCGAUGUGUGGAGAUGGACGAUUCGGCAUCUCGUCUCCCAGUUCGAUGACCUGCCCAUGUGA